UAAGCGCCCUCUAGAUUCGUUUUCCCAAUGCAUGAGGCAUGGCGAGGCAUUGAAACGAGCUGAUUUGCGCGAGGCCGUGCGGCAAAUCGAGCAGCAGCGGCGCGAUCCGGAUGGAAAUCUCUGCGCGUUUCUCUUGCGGCAGUGCGCCGGAUCCAAGGCGCUGCUCGAGGGGCGGCGAAUCCAUGCCGUGCUCGCCGAUCAUGGCAUGGAUUCACAGACCCUACAGGGCAAUCUCCUCGUUCACAUGUACACCAAAUGCGAGAGCUUCCAGGAGGCGCGAUCGGCAUUCCAGCGGCUGGAUCGCCCCAAUGUCUUCUCGUGGAAUAACAUGAUCGUCGCCUACACCCAUGCCGGCAUGGUGGAGUCGGCGCGAGAGAUCUUCGAGAUCGCGCCACAGAGGUCUGUGGUCACUUGGAACACGAUGAUCCAAGCGUAUGCGCGAAACGGGCAUAUGGAUUGCUGCCUCUGGCUCCUUGACAGGAUGCCGGAGCACGACGCAAUCUCCUGGAAUACCGUGAUGAGCGUGCUCCAAGAUCUCGACCACGCCAUCGAUUUCUUCCACAGGAUUCCUCACAGGGAUCACAUCUCCUGGAACGUCUUGAUGAACGCUUUCGCGCAGAGCGGGCGAGAGGAUCGGGCGGGGCUUGUGUUUGAGAGGAUGCCACAGCUGAGCAUUCUCUCCUGGAACAUUGCCAUCCAAGGCUAUGGUCUAAAGGGGCAUCUGGAAGAGGCCAAGACGCUGUUCGAUCGAAUGCCCGAGGAAGACGUGGUGGCUGGAAACGCAAUGAUCGGGGCGUAUGCCCAGCACGGGCAUCUGGGAAGAGCGAUCGCGGUGUUUGAUCGCAUGGAGCAGCGCAAUGUGAUCACGUCCACUUCGAUGAUGGUGGCGUUUCUUCACGGUGGCGAGCUCGAUCGAGCGCGCUGGUUCUUCGAUUCCAUGGCAGAGAAGAGCGUCGUGACUUGGAACGCGAUGAUCCACGCCUAUGCCCAAGCCGGGCAUAUGGAUCACGCGAGCAAACUCUUUCGCGAGAUGCCCACCCGCGAUGUGCUAUCUUGUAACGCGAUGCUCACCGGCUAUGGCCUUUGCUGCGACGCCAAGAGCGCGCUCCAGAUCUUCGAGAGAAUGCCGCAGCGAGGAACCUCGUCUUGCAACGCGAUGUUUCGAGCAUUCGCCCAGAACGGCGAGCUCGAUCGAGCGCGGGAGAUCUUCCACUCGCUCAUGCGACUCCGCGACGUCGUCUCCUGGAACAUCGCGAUUGCGUCUUACGCCCAGAGCAGCGAUUUCUCCCCGGCAAUCGCCCUCUUCCGCAAGAUCCCAUCCAGGAGCGUUGUCACCUGGAACACUCUCCUCCAAUCUCUGAGCGAGAAUGGCCGGUUGGAAGAAGCUCGCGAUCUCUUCCAGUCGAUGCCCGAGAAGGAUCACGUCUCUUGGACCGCGAUGAUCUGCGUCUAUGGAGCUCACGCUCGAUCGGCGGAGGCGAAGCUGGUCUUUGAUCAGAUGCCCAGCCGGAGUGUGAUCUCCUGGACCGCGAUGCUCAAUGGCUACUCGAGCAGCGGAAAGAUCGAGCUCGUAAAGCUCGCCUUUGAUCGAAUGCCACACUGGACUCUUGUCACGCUCAACUCGAUCGUCUCGUCGCUGGCCCAGAGCAAGUUCGUGGUCGCCGCGAGCCAGAUCGUGGAGAGCAUGCCCACGCGCGAUGGAGUAACUUGGAACGCGCUCCUCGCUGGCUACGCCCAGCUCGGCCAAUCCAUCCGCGCGAGAUCCAUCUUUGACAGGCUCCCCGAGCGCGAUCUCAUGAGCUGGAACACGAUGAUCCAGGCGCAUGGCAUCGCGCGCGAAGCUCUGGAGGCCAGGGAGCUCUUCGAUCGAGCGCCCGAGCGAGACGUGAUCUCCUGGAACACGAUGAUCAACGCGUACGGGCUGAGCGAUCGCGGCGAGCUGGGGCUGGAGCUCUUCCGGCUCAUGGAUCUCGAUGGAUCGGCCAGGCCCGACGUGACGACGUUCGUGAGCGUCGUGGAGGCGAUUGCGAGCGCCGCGGCGAUCGCCCAGGCGCGGAUCAUCCACGCGCUGGUGGUGGAAUCUGGAUUGGACACCGACGUGAUCGUGGCCACCGCGCUCAUCAACAUGUAUGGGAGGUGUGGGCGAGUGGGUCGAGCUCGCGAGAUCUUCCAGGCGAUGCUGCUGCACGAUGGCCGCGAGGUGGUGGACGUGAUCAGCUGGAACGCGAUGAUCGCGAGCUGCGCGAGCAAUGGCCACUGGAUCGAGGCGCUGGAGCUGUUCUUGGCGAUGCAGCUGGACGGGAGGAAUCCAGAGGCCGUGACGUUCGUGAACGUCUUGAAUUGCUGUAGCCACUCGGGCCUCCAGGAGGAUGGAUAUCGCCACUUUGGAUCGAUGAUCCAAGACUAUCACCUCACCCCGGGAGUGUUCCACUUUGUAAUCCUGGUCGACUGCCUGGGACGAACUGGGCGGCUAGACGAGGCCGAGGAAUUGAUGGAGACGAUGCCAUUCCAGCCCAAUGUGGUGGUGCUCACCACUCUACUGGGCGCUUGCAAGAACCACAAGGAUGUCAAGCGCGCUAAGCGCAUCGCCAGGAAGCUCGUGGCUAUGGAGGAGCAAUCCGAGUGUCCGGCGGUGCCGUAUGUGCUGCUCUCCAACGCCCAGGCCGACGAUUUGGACCAAUCCAUCCCCGAGAUUUGCCAAACGAUCCAAGACCAAGACGCGGAGGAAGAAGACGCCCAAGAACCCUAACCCUAGAAAUAGAAACAGG